GGGACAGAGACAGAGAGAAAGACACAGAAAGAGAGAGAGAGAUGGGGCACAGGGCAAUACAUUUAGACCAAAAACCUUUACAUUAACUCGGUUUUGUGUUUAUUGUGUAAUUAAAUAUUAUUUCUACUGAGAAGAUGUUAACUGGAUCUAAAACAACGUUUAAAGUGCGACAGCUACCAGAUCUGAAGGACAGGAUAAUGACCCAGAGCAGCCUUCACGCUCGAGGCAGGGACAUGUUCGGUCUGUGCUGUUUACCAGGUGAGUGCAUCCUCCAGAGAGCUGUUCUGGUCAGGAAGAAGCUCUCCUCUAAAGAAGGAGGAGGUUGGCUCUCGGGAACUCUGUUCUGCACCCAUUUCCGUGUGGCCUUCGUGCCUCAGGACAGCGCGAGACCAGACGACAAUGCCGAUCCUGUGCUCCUCGGAGACCAGGAUGUCGCUCUGGCCUCCAUCGAGAAGGUCGUGGCCGUGGGACCAUCCCGAACCAAGCUGGUGACCCCUAACUCCUCUCUGAAGUUCACUCCUGAGGAGCUGGUGCUGUACUGCAGAGACCUGCGUGUCCUGUGCUUCCUGUUCGACAGACUCACCCCUGACGCUCAGGCCGUGGAGAUCACAUAUACCAUCGCCAAGACGUACCAGCCGCUGAAACCCGGCACCAUCCUGUCCUUCCAGAACGCGGCGCUUGGCAGCAUCGAAAUGAAACAGUUCCUGAGCAACCGGAGGCGUGACCCGAGCAUGAACUGGUACGAGAGCGCGGCAGACUGGGAGCAGGAACUGGAGAGGACCGGAGCCACCGGCUGGAGGGUCAGCGCUGUCAACGACCGCUUCGAAAUGUCCACCAGUCUGUCCAGGUUUAACGUGGUUCCUCAGAAGGUCCUCGACACCGAGCUGAAGAAAACGUUCGCCCAUUUUAACGAGGGUCGCAUCCCACGCUGGGUUUGGAGGCAUCCGCGUGGCAGCAACCUGCUCCGCAUGGCCAGUUUUCAGAACAACAUCUACCACGAGAAGGACGAUAUCCGGAACCUAGAGCUGAUCCUGUUCGGAGGUCAGACGCAGUGUGUGGUGGUGGAUCUCGGGGAUGAAAUGCCUUCUCCUUCAGACGUUCAGCUCGCGCACACACGACUGCGCUCGCUCUGCCUCGGAGAUAUCUCCUCCUCCAUGUCCUCCGUGCCGGACGAUAAGUGGCUUUCCACUCUGGAGGGAACUCACUGGCUGGAUUAUACCAGGUGCUGUCUAAGAAAAGCUGCAGAAGUGUCCUGCUUGCUCCAAAGAGGUCAAUUAACCGUCGUUCUUCAAGAGCCAGAGGACCGGGACAUGAACUGUGUGCUGUCUAGUCUGGUGCAGGUGAUGUGUGACCCACACUGCCGCAGUGUCGCUGGCUUUCAGAGCCUCGUACAGAAGGAGUGGGUGAUGGCGGGGCACCGGUUCCUCAGCCGCAUCAACUACCACAGAGACAGCGACAAAGAGGAGGCUCCGAUCUUCCUGCUGUUCCUGGACUGUGUGUGGCAGCUGUGGGCUCAGUUUCCAGCUCGUUUCCAGCUGACUGAAGCUUACCUGCUGGCCCUCCAUGACAGCGUGCAGCUGCCUCUGUUCAGCACCUUCCUGGGCAACUGUCAGAGAGAGCGAUGUCGCCGAUCACAGCACUUGUCCCCGAGCUACACUCCAGUCAACGGGCUGAGAGAGUUGCCCCGAGGCUCGGCCGAGGAGCCGGUGGACCCUCCGUACCCCCCCGUGUGGGACUGGGCCCUACAGUACAGCAGUCAGAGACGUGCCCUUUUCACCCAGCCCGUGUGCCAGCCUGUUUCUGCUGCACCUUUUCUCAACGGUAACCUGAACACCAACCUGGAGCCCGAGUGGAGUGACACUGCUGUAGGCUCAGUGUUCCUGCUCUCGCGUGGUGUCUUUUCUUGUCCUUCCAACCUGCUGCCUUGGAGAAGUGGAGGAGGUUCAGGUUCCUACAAAAAGAGCCACAACAGAGCUCCGUCCUGCGAAGGCCUUCCUGUUCUCGAGCGCCUGAUCAGAGCCGAACCGUUACCCUCCAGCCUCCACGAACCCCAAGGGCCUCUGCUGCCCCUGCUCCUGGGGCCCUGCGUGCACAUCUGGAGGAGCUGCUACCUGAGAGGGGCGCUGCAUGCGCAGGCUUUCACAUACCCCAUGUCGUCUAACACGAGGCACCCGGUGGAACAGCUGGCAUGGGAGGUGGAGAACCUGCGAGAACGUCUGGCCCAGGCCUCCACUGGCCGUCCUCAGAACCGCAAGAGACAGGAACACCGGCGCCUCGGCGCCAACCUCAACCAGAAUGCCAACAACGGCACAUUCCUCUUCUCCUCUUCCUCAUCUUCUUCUUCCUCUUCUUCUUCCUCCUCAUCCUCCUCCUCCACUUCCUCCUCCUCGUCCAGAAGUUCUCAUCAGGGGAGUCCGGGCCGCGUUUCAGGAUGUUCCGGCUACAGCGACGGACCCAAACACACGUUCCUGUUCGGUCGCUCCGCCUCGAGUUCUAGUGCCAAACUGCCCAAGAGCAGCGGCUCACUGGGGCACAAGCCUCGCUGAGCGUUAGGUAGGAGAAUUAAACCAAGCAAGAGGGAUCAGAGCUUCAACAGGACCAAGCAUUACAGUAGAGAUAUUCACUCUGUGUCACUGAAUAUAAAGCACUUUCCUUUCCAUAAUCAGCACACAUCAUCACUGUGGGGUAAAAUCUCCGUAUUUAGAUUAGAGGAAAAAAAAUCGAGUAUUGAGUUACUUCUGUGUAUAUAGUACUUAAUAAUAUAUAACUACUCGUGGAGUGUAGUAGUAUGUAGUAUUCAGUGCUUUGCAUAAGUAUUCAUCCCCUUUUGGAAUCAUUCUUUUCUGAAAUGGGCCCGUGUGAUGCCAUGGUGAAGCAUGGUGGCGGUAGCAUCGUGUUCAGAGCAAGCCUCCGACUCUUAAUCGCACUUCACAGAUUUGUGUGAAAUUCUCCUCUAGUCGUGGUCGUGCCAUAUUCUUCUCUUUUUUAAUGAUUUAAUGAUGUUUAAACAUUGGGAUAUUUUGAUAACCCAACCCUGAUUCAUACUGUUCCAGAACCUUCUCCCAGGUUCUCUCUUUAACCUCCAUGGUGAUGCUAGUCGAACUAAAUUCUUUAUCAGACUCUGGAUUCUUCUGGAAAUGGAAAAGUGUAUUUAUACCCCCAAGAUCCCAAGAUACUUUCAUUUCACAUUUCACAGGUCUGCUGAUUACAUGACAAUUCAUGGCAAAUAAUUAAGGGGUUUCAGAGCAACAAAAGCACAACGAUUCCCUUUUAUGUGUAAAUAAUAAUAUUGUAUUUCUACCUACUUCAGGAUUACAGGCAUUAAGCGAAAGGGGGGUGAAUAUUUACGCAAGUCAUAUUGUGAUAGUGAUAUUGUAGGCCAUUUCAAGCACAUUUUUUACUCUGUGCACGGUAGGAUGUAAAAGGAGGAUAAAUACAGCAGGAUUUAAUUAGAAUUCCUUGUAACAGGUGCAUGAGAGUCGUGUUAAUUGUGUAAUUCAUUGUGCAGUUCAUGCCAAGUAUCUGCUUCCAAAGGAGAUUUGUGUUCUUUUGAUCACCACUAGAUGGUGUGUGUGUGCGUGUGUGUAUGUGCGUGUGUGUGUGUGUGACUUGAUGGUUUAUUAGGACUUAACCUGAAUAACAUUAAUAGGUGAGAGGAGGAGGACGUGUGUGUAUACAUGAGGUACAAUUGUGUGUGUGUGUAUGGUGUGUAUACAUGAGGUACAAUUGUGUGUGUGUAUGGGUUUGUGUGUGUAUGCGGUCUGUGUAUGUGUUUGUUUAACAUUAUAAUUCUUUAUACUUUAGUUCCAGUAUUAACCGAGAAGGAAACACUAGUUUUUUUCUGUAUUAUGUAAAUUAUUUAUGUCUUUCCUACAUCUGUGACUCUUUAAUUCAUGUUGUUUACGCUUCAGAGAGAGCUACGAGUCCUAUGAUCAUGCCUCGGCUCCGACGGUGUGUACGGACUGUACCAUCACACACACAACUCACUUUCCUGCUAAUAUUUAACGACAUGUUUAUAUUGUACUUUUUAUAUUUGUUCAUACUGCACAAAACUCCGGUACUUCUUCUUUCAGUGUCUGUGUGUGAUGUCACACACACACACACACACACACACACACACACACACACACACACACAGAGGAGUCAAAAAGUCUGAGAACUGAAAAUAAGAAAUAAACAGAAUUCUGAAUACAUUUUAAGAAAAAGUCUUACGUAUUCAUUAUUCUAGAUUUUUCUAGGUCAAUACUUCAGUUCGAGAACAUUUACGAUAUUGAUGUUGUGAGGUCGGGGGUCAUGGUGGCUUAGUGUUUAGCACGUUCGCCUCACACCUCCAGGGUUGGGGGUUCGAUUCCCGACUCCGCCUUGUGUGUGUGGAGUUUGCAUGUUCUCCCCGUGCCUCGGGGGUUUCCUCCGGGUACUCCGGUUUCCUCCCCGGGUCCAAAGACAUGCAUGGUAGGUUGAUUGGCAUCUCUGGAAAAUUGUCCCUAGUGUGUGAUUGUGUGAGUGAAUGAGAGUGUGUGUGUGUGUGCCCUGUGAUGGGUUGGCACUCCGUCCAGGGUGUAUCCUGCCUUGAUGCCCGAUGACGCCUGAGAUAGACACAGGCUCCCCGUGACCCGAGGUAGUUCGGAUAAGCGGUAGAAGAUGAAUGAAUGAAUGAAUGAAUGUUGUGAGGUCAGAUUUACUUCGAGCCCCGUCCAUCGAGGGUGGGUUUAAUCUGUUCACAUCAGGACGUUAAAGCGAACCGAACGAUAGGAAAUUCUGAAAUUCAUCCCAAUAUUUCUUAUCUUUUAAUUCUAAGGAGUUUUUAUUUCUUUUGUGGUAUUUUGACUCGCUCUGUUUUCUCAGACUUUUGGACCACACUGUAUAUUAAAACAAAAAUACAUUUUGUAUCGAUGAAGACGAAGAUGAUGGAUGUGUAAAAUGCUGGUACUGUGUACGCACAGAAAGAGUGUGACAAUUGUUUGUAACUCAGUUGUCUGAGCUUUGUCCGUGUUGUACUUGAUCUCCAGGAGAAAAGGUACCGGGUGUUGUAACUCUUCACUAAUAAAUAAUGUUCUUGUAAACUGAAA